AGCCCUGCCCUAUAAAAAUCUCGCAAGGAGCUGGGAAGCACAGAUCAGAGCUUCUGGAAGAGCAAAAAUGCCAACCCCGAACAUCUCCACCUCUGCAGCCAAAGGUUUCCGCAGGGCGGUGUCAGAGCUGGACUCCAAGCAAGCCGAGGCCAUCAUGUCUCCGCGGUUCAUUGGUAGACGUCAAAGCCUCAUUGAAGAUGCCAGGAAGGAAAGAGAGGCUGCAGCAGCAGCAGCCACUGAUGACACAGAGUCUACAGAGACCAUAGUCUUUGAGGAGAAGGAUGGGAAAGCCAUGCUGAACCUCUUCUUCAUGCUCAAGGGAUCCAAGACUUCACCACUGUCCCGUGUGUUUAAAGUAUUUGAGACGUUUGAAGCUAAAAUUCACCACCUGGAGACCAGACUUAGCCGAAAGCCCCGUGAAGGAAAUGCUGAACUGGAGUACUUCGUGCGCUGUGAAGUACACAGCUCUGACCUCAAUACUUUCAUUAGCUCCAUUAAGAGGGUCACAGAAGAUGUGAGGACCACUAAGGAAGACAAAUUUCACUGGUUUCCCAGAAAAAUCUGUGAAUUGGACAAGUGCCACCAUUUGGUCACCAAGUUUGACCCUGACUUGGAUCACGAUCACCCGGGCUACUCUGACCAAGUAUAUCGCCAGAGAAGGAAAUCGAUAGCCGAGAUUGCUUUUCAGUAUAAGCAAGGGGACCCAAUCCCUCAUGUGGAGUACACAGCAGAGGAGAUCGCUACCUGGAAAGAGGUGUACAGCACCCUGAAGAGUCUCUACCCCACCCAUGCCUGCAAGGAGUACCUUGAAGCUUUCAGUCUACUGGAGAAAUUCUGUGGCUACAAUGAGAACAACAUCCCUCAGCUGGAGGAGGUCUCCCGCUUCCUGAAAGAGAGGACUGGCUUCCAACUCCGGCCAGUGGCUGGCUUGCUGUCAGCACGGGAUUUCCUCGCCAGCCUGGCCUUCCGCGUCUUCCAGUGCACACAGUACAUCCGUCAUGCAUCCUCGCCCAUGCACUCCCCUGAGCCGGAUUGCUGUCAUGAGCUGCUGGGGCACGUCCCAAUGCUGGCUGACAAGACAUUUGCCCAGUUCUCUCAGGACAUUGGGCUGGCAUCUCUGGGAGCAACUGAUGAAGAAAUUGAGAAACUUGCAACACUUUACUGGUUUACGGUGGAGUUUGGGCUCUGCAGACAGAACGGGAUAGUCAAAGCCUAUGGAGCGGGCCUCCUGUCUUCCUACGGGGAGCUCAUACACUCCUUAUCAGAUGAACCAGAGGUGCGGGACUUUGACCCUGACGCAGCUGCCGUUCAGCCCUACCAGGACCAGAACUACCAGUCUGUAUAUUUUGUGUCUGAGAGCUUCAGCGAUGCCAAAAAUAAACUGAGGAACUACGCGGCACACAUCAAACGGCCCUUCUCAGUGAAAUAUGAGCCCUACACUCACAGCAUUGAGCUUCUGGACAGCCCUCAGAUGAUCUGUCACUCCCUGGAGAGUGUAAGGGAUGAGCUUCACUCUCUGAUUAAUGCACUCAAUGUUAUCAGUUAAUAUGAGAACUGGUGUCUUUCCUUCCCCUCUUCCCUGGCAGCCCCAAAAUGGCCUGCUCUGCCCUCACCUAGUUCCCAGCUGAUAGCUCCUGCCUGUCUUCUCCAAACACUUGCACCACUGUCUGUCACCCUGCAACCCCAACAGCUUUCCAAUUUUGUAUGUAGGGGCAGGUCAGAGGAGGGCAGGGGGGCAGACCCAAGGCCUGCUGGUGUUUUGGGUAGCAUUUCUGUUGACUGCCGGAAGAGGUGUAGCACAGACAAAAAGCAUGGCUAAACUAUAAAAUUGAAGUCAAGAGCUGUGUGCUAGGCUCCUGGAAACAACAAAGAGGAGAAAAGCUGCUUUAUUAUUAAAAAAAAAAAAAAAAGAAAGAAAAUUAAGAGAAAGAAAGAAAGAAAAAGAAUCUAUUUUUUUGCAGUUUGAGAGAAUAAAUUACUCUGCUUUUUUAGCUUCAAAGCAACUCUUAUAGAAACUACAUGAGGGACCCUUAAUCCCCACCAUAUUCUGCCUUUUUGCAGCCCCAUAUAUUGGGAGGUGGAGACAUGCCCUACAAGCUUUUCUGCCUGAACCAACCCUGUGAAUUUUGAAAUUUAGUCUCCCAGCCUCCCCUUAGCUUCUUACACAGAGGGAUGCUUGGGCAUGAACCCCUGAGCUGCACCACCCCACCAGGCUGCACUAAGCACCAUAGCUCCCCUGAACUUCUGAACUGACUGAAGCCAGGAGUUGCCUGUCUGGCAUAGAGCAGCCCUGAUCUGCUUUCAUCCUCCCAAACACAAGCACCGUAGAACAAGCCCUGGCUACCCUGGACCAGACUGUGGGCAUCCCCUUCAAGCCCUCUUUUAAAAGCUCUCACAGCAGGGAGUGCUCAAGGUCCUAUGUGCCAUUGUUCAUAGCAGAUAACAGUCACAGCUAUUGAUGUUCCUGCAUGCUGGUGGCCUUAGGCAGCCUCUUGGUGUCCCGAAUUUGUUGGUUAUUGCAGACUGACUGAGUGGAGCCACUGGUGUCCCAUGCUUGCCAGCCCUUGUGAAGAUUUCACACGUUUCUGCUUUUCCUGUCUGUUAUACAGGUACAGCAUCAUCUUGUUCUUAGAUAUUCCAGUAUCACUGUCACCUGCAGUAGCUCAGGUGUGAAACUAAUGCUACUGCUGGCCAUUGCUGAGAAAGGUAACAUAUGGUUAGGAUGCCCAAACCCAGUGUAAUCCAGCUUUCACUGUGAUAUUAAUGGCUUAGUCUGACCCAAAGCUCUCAGUUUUCCUCCCCCUACUUUUGCCCUUCUUAUCUUCUUGCAGGCUGCCUCAUAACUUAGCGGUUUGCUCAGAAGUUUGGCCCAAGGUUAUGCAGCUGUGCAGUAUCAGAGCUGGGCUUGAGAUGCAUGGAGGCAGCUCAACAGCUGUGGGGGACAGCAAAGGGGAGAAUUACAUGUAGUUGUUUGCAUUAUAACAUUUCUGUACAGACUUUUACUAUCCUUAUCCACUAUAUAUGAUUUUCAUAAUUUCCUCUGUAAAGAAAUGCAAGGCUUAGCAAUUAAGUUUUGUCUAUGAGGUGUAACUAUCCUCCAAUACUUAUACAUACCAUGUUAUUUUUACUGUGGCUCAGUCAUAAUAGUUUACAACUCAUUACAUUUUAUCCCAGUUCAGACCUUCACAUACAUAUGUUUAACCCCCAGCUCUCUCAAAUUUUAACUACUUAGCUACUGACAGCACUUAAUCUCCCACCUGCUUCAAUCCCUCUCUUUUGUUUCCUUUCUUAUUUUAGCCCCCUCCUAAACUGGUUAAAAGAAAUCAGCUGUUCAACACUAGGGCUAUUUGCUUCCCCUCAAGUUGCUCCUUCUCAGAGGACUGUUCCUCCCGUAAAUAAAUAAAACCGAGUUCAUUCAGUUAUUGUAAUUUUAGAACACUUUUUCCAAAGUUUCAGCUAUGAUUGCCAAUCUGGGUGGAUCGAGAUCUUAAGCUGUAAUUCUCAAGGCUCCCUUAAGAACUGUAACAACUUUUACUUUGGGUUCUUAAGUUAUUACUAUUACAUUGGGUAGCUGGAGCAAGCUAUGCAAGACUAAGCCAGGUUAGGUCAUAGGUUAGCUAUCUAGCCAUCAAAAUUUUAUUGGUGACUCCAGUAAAACAGACUAAAGUAAAGAAAAUAGAGUUCCAAACAUGCAAGAUGCAACAAUGAACCCUGUAUAGUUAAUACACAGCUUACGGCCUUGCCAGCAUUAGCAAUGUCGUGUUACUGGCAAGUAACACCCGUGGUACUGCAGGUUGCUGUUCCACCUCUCCUUUGGGAGUCUCCAGCUCCUGGGCUACUGCCUGUGAGUGCAGCAAGGAUGCUGCAAAUACCAUGACAAAGUCAGGCCCCUGAUCAGGACCGAGCAGGGAGUUUCCAUGGAGGCAUUUGCUUUCUAGCCUGACCUUGAAAGCCAUAAAGGUCUGGUCUGUAGUUCUCCAAAGCACUUCACAGUCACUGCUUGCCUCAUUAAAUGUCUAAAAUUAAUGCAAUUUAUAAAAAGACCAAAGCUAUUAAAAUGGAGUGAAAAUCCAAGUUAAAAACCCUUGCAACUUCAGGAGCCUUCAACUCCCCCACCUUGCCUCAGAGUUUGCAUUGCUGCUCUGUGACUCUGUCAGCUGUUGCUUAUUUGAGGAGCUGUAGUAAAAUCUGUUACCCGACAAAAAUAGAAAAUAAGCAAAACUCGAAGCAUAGAACAGCUCUGUUAGCAUGCAAGCAUAUAAACGGAUCUACUAUAGCCAUAGAGGAGGUAAACAACAUGCAGGCCGCACCCCGUUGCUUCCGAGAGAUGAGGUUGUGCUAGGGUGUACUGUGAGCACCAGGUUCAGGCUGAACAGAUGCCAGAGGUUCCUCUUUGGGGCAUUUUGUGUGUCAAAUUCAUGACAGAGUUCAGAAUUACUUGGCCUCUUAGGGGGAUAUCUGAGAAACAUGAACCCUUUUGUAUUUACAGUUGCCCUCAUCUAUUUAAUAUCUUAGAAAACUUAACCUAUUAGUAACACAAUAGGUCCCCUUCAAUUUUGUCUCCAAGGCUUGUUCUUUUUUGUCUGAUUUCAAAUGCAAUACUUGGUCCCUUAUUUCAUCAACCAUAUCUGAAUUGGAUUCUUCUUUUCUCAUUCUACCUCUUUUUCUCAUGUUGCUGCUUCUAUCUGAGUUUUGUUGGUUUUUUUAAUCCUAUUGUAGUAUCUUCGAGUCUUUGACACAGGGCCACCUGGGAAUGGGCUAUCCAAAAAACACAUGACAGGGUUGUAGACCAGUCCCUGACCUGUCACUGCUUCUUAAAGCUACUAAUAUCAAGGUUAACUUUUCAGCCCAUUAUUUUCAAUAUGGUCCUAAUAUUUUCUUUAGUCUAUUUUUAGUAGUGUGACUAAUUUCUUUCUACAAGGCUGUAGGACUGCAGGUGAUAUGAUAUACGCAGUCCUUGGUUAAUGCCCAGGUUACUCAUUAAGGCUUGAGUGACUUCACUUACAAAGCUCUCUCCUCUGUCUCGUUCUACCUCUGUUAAUGUCCCAUACCUAUGGACAAUUUCCUGUAACAGCAUUUUUACCGUUCCGACAGUUGUAUUCCUUUUAGAUAGAAGAAGCUCAACCCAUCUUAGAAACACAUUCAUGGUGACAGAGAUACCAAUACCCUCCUUUAGUAUGUUGAACUGGGUGAUCCCUUUGCAGUAUUUGUCACAGUCCUUUGUAUAGACAGUAUAGUAUAGUUGGCAGCUUUCUUUUACUAGUUCACUUUUGCAUCAUUGCACACCUUAUACAGUGUUUAUUCAUAUCCUCUAAAUCUUGCUUCAUAUGGGGCCAAAUAUAAAUUCUUUGCACUCUUUUUAGAGUACCUUUUACUCCAUUAUGUAACUUAGUACAGCAGUCUAAGAUGACUUGCUCUCAUUCCGCCAGCCACAGUAUCCAUCCCAUCUUCUCUUUUAGCUGAUUCCUGGUUGGGGCUGCAGUAAAUAACAUUGAGUCAAUUUAUCUACUUGCUCACUAAAUUGUUUCUCGGUAUUGCUUUCAGUCUUCCCAUAUGUUACGUAUAUUUUAUUCCCACUCUUCCUCUGAGUUUGUAAAAUAGACCUCCUGUUUUCUUCAUGGGUGACUGAUUCUGUGCUUGCCUUCAGUAAGCACAGUAUUUUAUUCUAUUAUCAGCACAGUGGCUCUCUGUAGAUAGAUAUUAUGCAAAGGUGUUUAUGUCUUUUACUGGCAGGCUGUAAGCUCCUUGACAUAAUUUUUUCUCUAGUUUCCCCACUAUUUGUUCCUUCAUUCCACUGAUAGCAGCAUCUUGGAUUAUUUUUCCUCCUUGAUCAAAUUUAGCAUUCCCAUGGGUGCACAAUACCUUUGGUUUAUUACAGGUUUCCCUAAAAUAGUUAUCCACAUUAAUAUUCAUUUCUUCUCCUUGUGCUUUAGAGAAGAGCAUGAGUAGGCUAGGCUACAACUGAACCAUUGAGGGUGAAAUCCUCAAAGACCAUCACAGCCCAGGCUCUAACCAGACUUUAUCUUGGCCAGAGAAAUUUUGGUCCAGCUCCUGUGGAAGACUCAUGCUACUGGGUAUCCAUUUCCCUUUACUAUUUUUAUAUAAUGGUACUGCUCCUGCAGAAUCACUUCAUGUUGAAAUUCUUAUUACAAAUAACUUCCCUUUGACUGGGAAUUUUAGUGCAGAAGCUUUUCAAGCAGCUUCCUUCACAUUAGAUAAAGCAUCAUCCUGCUCCUUGCUUCAGCUCCCUUGCUGAAUCUUUUUCUUUUAUCUCCAUAAUGCUAUGCUGCUACUUGCUAAGAUGCAUAUGCUGCCAUAAGAUACUAGCACAGAUAUAGAUAUGCUGCCAUAAGAAAUUAAAAACUCUCAGUACUCUUCAGAGUUCGACUGCUACGUGGGAGUCUUUAUUUCACAGAAAGCUUAACCUUUCUACCAUCUAUCCUUGUUGUUGUUUCUCCAGUUCCAAUUCCCAAACAGCUAACAUGGGGUUGCAUUACUUUUGCCAUAUUCAAAUUGACUUUAAAUCCCAUUUGGUCUAUUAAUUUUAAAACUUCUCUUAUUUACCUCUUCUGUAGCUGCCAUCAUAGAGUCAUAGAAUUAUUUGGAUUGGAAGAGACCAUGAAGGUCAUAUAGUCCAACCCUCCUGCAGUGAGCAGUCCCCCAAAUAUCAUUCACAUAGGACAAUUUCUUGUCUUUGUCCCCUGGAUACCAUCAUUCAAACACUUUCCUAACACAAGCAUGUGCAGCAGGGCAGGUGCUCAGCCCUGUGGGAUGCCAGUAAAGGUAUAAUGUUUGUCUCUUAAUGUGAAAGCAAUUCUGUAAAUUGCUUCUUCCCCUCCGUUUUGCCAUAUGGGAGUUUGCUGUGAAUCACAGGGGUGCAUUUGUGCCGUUAGCUCUCCUAAUUCAUCCAUUGUCCAAGGACCCUGACUCAGGUUUGGCAUUGCCAGGGCUAAUGGAGGUACCUGCUCUCUGUUGGGAGUGGGUGGUUGUUACAUGGCAUCAUGUCCUACUGACGUUGGAGCAGCUCGCCAUCAGUUCAUUAAAGACUCUCCACCUUCCUCAAGCUCAUGGACUGAUGUCAAUGCUGCCAGUUGCAUCCUUGUCUUACCCUUCUGCUGGGGAAUUCAGUUUAAUGCCCAUGAUGGCAUGAUUAAAUGCUCAUUAGGAAGGUACCCAAUGUGGAACAAAUGAAAGCUGGUGAAGCACAUGCUCUAAUCAACUUACUGCUUAAUUCCCAUUUAGUUCAACACUUGAAGCAGUUUCUCCAAGUCCUACACUCCACUGUUGCACCUUCUUUCAGUGGCUUCACAUCUGCAGCUACCUGUCUUGGGGUCACUUUUUAGAUUGUAGCAGCUAUAGCAGUUUGAUCCGCCGUACCUGUCUGCCUUGGGAUGGCACUUGUGGUCUUCGUGGGAUAUGCUGCUAAUCUCAAUUUCUCUUUCUUUCCCAUUGGCCCAUAUCAUCCUUGAAAUUGUCUUCCUCUGAUGGCUCCCAAUCCAGUUCUCUUCACCACUUCCUGCAGCUACAGCAGUUAUUUUUAAGUUUUGCAUCCCAAUCUGCUUUUGCAAGUGUCUAAUUUUAGCUUUGCGUUUACUAUGAUCAGGUCCCUUUUGGGAUCUCCCUUGCUCCAGGGUGAAUCACUGCACUAUCUAUGUUAAUCCCUCUCCCUAGUAGUGCAGUUUUUCCUUCUCUUUUCCUAAAUUAAUCUGAUUUUCUAAUUGCCAUUGUACCUCCCUUUUGCCUUUUUGGGCCACUAGAUGGUAUUCCUUUUCUAAUGACAAACUUAUUUCAAGUCACUGAGUAGACUCUUUUAAAAGACAAUUUUCCCACUGAAGCAUCUGAUAUUCUGAUGUUGCCUUGGCUCAGUCGGCACAGAUUAUUGCUGCUUCCCAUACCAGUACCACUAACAGAAGCAGCAUAUCCUCAAGCCUCCCUUCAUCCUCUCUCCUGUAUCAGGGAACAUUUGGUCUCUAUCACUCAUCAGCUUCCUGUGGGCUGGAGAGGCACCCACAGCCCUUGCUGUAAUCUCUGAUAUUGUUGGGAUUUCCUGUAGCCCUCCGGUAUUCCUGAUUGUAGGCAUUUUUUUAAGUCUUUUUACAUUUUUCCCAUGCUUUCAGUUUUGUCUUAAGGUAUUCCUUAAGAAUUGUGCACGAGGCUGGUCAGAUUUAUAGAGUUGCCUUGAAUAAGAUACCUCAUAAGAAAAGACUUGGAGGAUCUACCCAGUCAUAGUCUCCACCAAAAGAUGUAAUAAACUCCCUUUUCCUGACAAUGGAGCAGAUUUGUAGGAUUACAUGGUUGUUUAGAGCUAAGCAUGAGUACGUGGUCUUUAGGUGGGUCAUGGAUGCCUUCAUGCCAUUUCCUCAGACCUCACAAAAUCUGGCUGCAAGCUCUAUAAAAAGUCACUUGAAGAAAGCUGAGGUGAUGGGUUAGCCCAGGUUGAACUUCCGUAGAUGGAGGAUGGGCUGAUGAAGGAGGAAUAAAGGAGAAAAGCCUUCCUCUGAGCUAGGCCCCACUGUACCCUCUGGUAUCUGCUUGUCCCAGUGCCUCACUGAGUGAUCUCUUGCUGUUGUUGCUGCUUCUGCUGUGGGUGGAUCUGUUGUCUGUCUCUCUGUGUAAAGAAAUAUGAAAUGGAAUUAUUUUUCAUUUUGUAAUUGUGCUGCUGCUGACAUGAUAGUAAGAAUAAAAAAUUAUAUAUU